AUGGAUCUAAAAGUUUUAUUUUUGCUGUUUUCAACUGCCUUUGCGCUGGACCAUUGGAUAUUGGCGGGCCGUGUGAGGUGCGCUCCUGGCCUGACCUCUCCGUUUCCUUACAUGGUAGGUGGUAUCAUACAUACCAGUGUUGCGUAUUUUGAAUUCUAAAUGUGCAGUUAGGUGUCUUGUGUCGGCAUCGAAACAAAAUUGAAAAAUUUGGAAUCCCCUUUGGCAUUCCACACGUAUUUACUGUAGUGAUUUUUUCAGAAAAUGAGAAUCUAUGCACAGGAGCAAAUUUUCUCCCAUCGGUGCGGCGAGCGAACCAUCAGCGGCCAGGACGGCGCCUUCCGCGUCGAAUGUGAUCACGCUUCCGUGACGUACACUUACCCAAAAUUCACUAUGUAAUGUGUUCCACUUUCGUUUGACCCAAUUUUAGAUUCCACGGAUGUGGCGGCUAUUGUCAUUUCCACGAGGAGUCAUUCGACGGCUUUGUCCACGAACAUCUCGAUAUUGUCUUGUCCGCAAAUCCAUCAGGUGAGUGGCGAACAUAUAAAACUAGUCUAUAAUAAACUUUCAGAACGGUCAGACGGCUCAUGUUCAAAUUGGGAUUGA